CCUCACCAAUAUGGCGAUUAAAUAUGUCAUCUGAUUUCAUCGCGACCUUUCAACCCUAGUAGUUCGUAGUACAAAACGCUCUGCGAAAGCGCAUUGAGGCCGAUGUGAGGAGAAGGAAAAGAAGAAUGUUUUCUGCCAUUACUGUGAACAAAGUUGUCAGUGGCCUUUGCCGGACAUCAUGGCAACGGGCUGUGUUGGGCACAGUUUCAACCCGUGGUUACCGAGGUGAUGCACCUGAUGACUCUGGCAAUGACCUCAUAGAGAUUCCCCUGCCCCCGUGGCAGGAGAAGCCUGGCGAGACGCUUGACAUCAAAAGGCGGCGGCUCCUGUACGAGAGCCGCAAGAGAGGCAUGCUGGAGAACUGCAUCCUGCUGAGUCUGUUUGCCAAGCAGUACCUGAACACCAUGACGGCGACCCAGCUGCAACAGUACGACAAGCUGAUCAACGAGCCUAGCAACGACUGGGACAUCUACUACUGGGCCACAGGGGCCCAUCCCACGCCCCCGGACUACCAGAGCGAGGUGAUGGACUUGCUGCGGGAGUUCACCAAGAACCGGGACCAGGAGCAGAGGCUGAGGGCCCCCGACCUGGAGUACCUGGACACCGGGAAACAGUGACCGACGCCCGGCUCUCGUCCGGAGGCUACCCGCGGCGCGCGCAGAGCCGCUGGUUAAUAUCGCCGCACGAUGUCCUUUUUUCGUCCUUGUAAAUAUUUGUAUUCGUUGACGUGUACGGAAUCCUGCUAACACGCCCGCCCGAUCGGCACCUCUCGGUGUCGUCUGCGCAGCGGCGGCGGUGUUAGCGAGGUUCAUAAAAAACGUACCUCAGACGGGGAGCGUUUUUUUUUUUUUUUUUUUUUUUUCCCUGCUCGUUCUCGCCGAACGCGGAAAGCCGUCGUUGUUGGGCAGCAGUGGUCCGCGGGGCCUUUGUGUUUAACAACCUCGACGCUGAGAGACUGUUUUACGGAAUGAUUGACGCCCUACCUUUAGGGCUUUAAAUUCGACGGAGUGCAGCGAGCAGGAAAGACGGCUCCGCUCUGUAUCGCUGUGAAAUAAAGCCUUCUUUGUUCUGGGCCUGCUUCUUUCAAAUGUCAGUAAUUUCACAUGGGGAUCCCUUUUAAAAUAGUACCUCCUUGUGCUUCGGGCAGGAAUGUGAAACCCAAAAAAAAGGGCUCUGAUAAAGGGCCCCGAAAUCAAAUGGAAGAACCAAAACACCAGAAAAUACACUGCAACUUUGGAAAGGGAGGAGAAGUCUGCAAAAGAACGUUGCGCACUUUGGGCCAGAUUGCAUCCAGACCGUACUGGUUUCUGAACGGGUGGGUGGGCGUGGCUCAGGGCGAUGCGCGAUGUCUCGUAGUCAUAGAGCAAGGGAGGGGUUUGGUUGGCAGGGUAACCUCCACCUCCACCUAGUGAGUAGCGGCUCCCCUGGCUCAUUCAGACUGCGCUGCCUGCGUCGGCUGCUUCGGCUGCUUCAGCUGCGCAGCCCUCCACUGACAGAGUGGAAAAGAAACAGUUGGCUGACUUGCGGCGUUCCAGGUGUACCUAACAUAACAUAACAUAAUGACGAGAACCGGCCAUUCAGCCCAACGAUGCUCGCCAUUUUUCUUACCGCAUUAGUGCUCUGAUUACCUACAGGCUAGAUGGUAUAAUACAGCCCCAUGCCUGCUUGUACUCUUCUAAAUUCAUGACAGAGGCAAGCACAAAGUAAGAAGUACUCGUGCAUGCUGUUCCUUUGACUAGUGUAUACUUCAGUCAUUAAUCUUUUCUGCAUCCCAAUCCAGACAUAUGCAAGGUUCAUAAAUGCCAUUUUUGGCUGGCUGGUCCCAGCACUUUUUAGUUUUAUUCAUCAAUCACGCUGCACAGAUCGGCUUCAUUUGGCCUGCCUCACGCGUGUUCCAAGGGUUUGAAGUCUCCCAGCGUGUGUCUCGAAAAGCCGGAGGAUUCGGUCUUCUGAAAUAUACACGAGAGAUUUCCAUCCGGCUUCAAAAAGUUUAAUAAGUUUAAUAAUUUCUGAAUUUGAACUUGACUCCCAAGUAAAUAAAACCAAUGUGAAGGCUUGAAUUUCAAUUGAGAAUUUUGGCCGCAUUAUUAUCCUUAUAAUGGCCACAAGAUGGCAGUGCGCCCUGAAUUUUGUAUGAACUCCAGCAUCCAUCGUUACAUCGAGUAUUCAUGACAACGUUUUACGUGAAAUGGACCAGCGGGUUUAGUUCUUUAUUGGAUGAGAAUAUAAACAGUUUUUCAUCUGUUCAUCUGUCCUGGUAUCCAGCGUAAUAUGAGGUGAUCAACAAAUGAGUUAUUCUUGACCAUUAUCUAAACUGUCCUGGUUCUAGACUGCUCUGAUGCAUCCUUUGUAUGGUACAGUGUGUAUUAUAUCCCCUAAAAUGGGGGGACUAUGCAUAUAAAGGGCUUUAAUUCCUAUACAGAUCACUGAAUAUGGAUGUAAAUACCUUCAAAUUAAAAUUGACAGUCUGCACUUUAA